AUGCUCCAUCAACAGAGUGCAUCGAUGGGGUCGAUGGGCAUGCAGAGACCCACGGUGCACCUGGAGCAUCCACCGUCCAUCCCGCGCUCGUCGUACAUGUCGAGCGACAGCACGGUCAAGUUUGACGUGCUUUCCUCGCCCGCUCGGCCGCCGGCGUCGUUCACGCGCAGCAGUUCGUCUCGCGGUUUGGACGCGUCGGCACCUCCCAAGCGCCCCUUGUCGAAUCCGUCAUCGCGCCAGUCGUCUUCGGACUCGAUCGACUCGGUCAGCAGCUCGACUUCGUACAGCCGUUCGUCGCCCAUCAGCAGCAUCGACACGCCCAGCACCACCGAUGCAAGCAGCGCAGAAGAAGAUGACCUCAUCCAGACGGUGUAUACGUCGUCGGCUCGUUCGCGCCACAUGUCGACAGACGAAGUCAAGUCGAUCCUUCGUGCGUCGCGCACCAACAACUCGCGCCUUGGCAUCACCGGUCUGCUUCUGUACCGCGACGGCACCUUUGCACAGUUCCUCGAAGGACCAGCAGAGGCAGUGGAUGCGCUGUACGACUCGAUCGAGCGCGAUCCUCGUCACCACGGCGUCAUCCGUGUGCUGAGACAAUCCGUCACCAAGCGCGACUUUAAGCAGUGGAGCAUGGCUUUCCGAGACCUCGACAUGAUCCGUCACAGAUCCCCCUCUGCAGGAUCGGACGAGGUCGGCCAUGAAAUCUCGCCCGAAGACCAGGUCAACGAAGGCUUCAGCCAGCUCAUGAACGUAGGCCUCAGGGUCGGAGACCCGUCCGACGACGAGUACAGACCGGAUGCGCUGGGAAACGCCAAGCUCGAUCUGCCUGCCGACAUGUCUGCGCCAAUGCGCAAGCUCGUCACCACCUUCUACCGACUCAUGGACAGGCCGCUGUAA